AUGAAAGUUGUAAGAAAACAUUCCAGCAACUCAACUGUCCUCAUUGCUCUGGCUCGAACAUCUGGAAAGACGCGAAUUAUAUACCUGGAAACCUUNAACGUCGCGAAUUAUAUACCUGGAAACCUUGUUACCUGUGCUUAUGAAAACUGCAAGAAAACUUUUGAGCAACUGAAUUGUCCUCAUUGCUCUCGCACAAACACAUGGAAAAACGCGAAUUACAAUCAUGGCAAGGUCAUCACUUGCUGUUAUGAAAAUUGCAAGAAAACGUUUCAGCAGCUAAAUUGCCCUCAUUGUUUGCGUUCAAACGUCUGGGAAAAUGCCAAUUAUAAUACAGGACAAACUGUUACCUGCUUUUAUGAGAGUUGCAAGAAAAAAUUUCAGCAGCUGAAUUGUGCUCAUUGUUCUGGCUCAAUUAUAUGGAAAGAUGCCGACUACAACGAAGGAAAAGAUGUCACCUGCGUUUAUGAUUGUUGUAAAAAAGCAUUCCAGCAGCUGAGCUGUCCACAUUGUUCUGGUUCACUUAUUUGGGAAAAUGCUGAUUAUAAUCCUGGAAAGAUUGUCACAUGUGUGUAUGAAAAGUGCAAAAAAACAUUUCAACAAUUGAACUGUCCUCAUUGUUCUCGCUCAAAUAUCUGGGAAAAUGCAAAUUACAAUUCCGGGAAGGUUGUCACCUGUAUCUAUGAGACCUGCAAAAAAACAUUCCAGCAACUCAACUGUCCCCAUUGCUUCGGUUCAAAUCUCUGGAAAAAUGCUAAUUAUAAUUCUGGAAAGGUUGUUACCUGUGUUUAUGAAAAGUGCAAGAAAACAUUUCACCAACUAAAUUGUCCUCAUUGUUCUGGUUCAAAUAUAUGGGAAAAUGCUGAUUACAAUCCGGGAAAAAGUGUUACCUGUGUUUAUGAGGGUUGUCAAAAAACAUUUCAACAGUUGAACUGUCCUCAUUGCCUGGGAUCAAUUAUUUGGAAAAAUGACGAUUACAAUCAAGGUAAAGUCGUCACCUGUUGUUAUGCAGCCUGCAAAAAAACAUUUCAACAACUGAAUUGUCCUCAUUGUUCUGGCUCGAAUAUCUGGAAGAAUGCUAACUAUAAUUCUGGAAAGAUUGUUACAUGUGUUUAUGAAGGUUGUCAAAAAAUAUUUCAGCAGUUGAAUUGUCCUCAUUGUGCUGGCUCGAUGGUCUGGAAGGAUGCCAACUAUAAUGAAGGAAAAAUUGUCAUCUGCAUUCAUGAAAAUUGUAAGAAAACAUUCCAACAACUCAAUUGUCCUCAUUGUUCCGGUUCGAAUAUCUGGAAAAGCGCCAACUACAAUUCUGGCAAGGUUGUCUCCUGUAGUUAUGAAAGUUGCAAGAAAACAUUUGAACAGUUGAAUUGUCCUCAUUGUUCCAGUUCAAUCAUAUGGAAAAAUGCCAACUAUAAUCACGGCAAAGUCGUUACUUGUUGUUAUGAAAGUUGCAAGAAAACAUUUCAGCAGUUGAACUGUCCUCAUUGCCUGGGAUCAAUUAUUUGGGAAAAUGCCAAUUACAAUCAAGGCAAAAUCGUCACUUGUUGUUAUGCAGUCUGCAAAAAAACGUUUCAACAGCUGAAUUGUCCCCACUGUUCUGGUUCAAUUAUGUGGAAGAACGCCAACUAUAACGAAGGAAAAGUUGGUACCUGCAUUUAUGAUAGUUGCAAAAAAGCAUUUCAGCAACUAAACUGUCCACAUUGUUCUGGUUCACUUAUCUGGAAGGAAGCUAACUACAAAGAAGGUCGAGUGGUUACAUGCAUGUAUGAAACCUGUAAGAAAACAUUUCAGCAGUUAAAUUGUCCCCAUUGUUUUGGUUCAAAUAUCUGGAAAAACGCUGACUACAAACCUGGAGUGGUUGUCACCUGUAUUUAUGACAGUUGCAAGAAAGCCUUUCAGCAAGUCAAUUGUCCCCAUUGUUUCGGUUCGUUGGUUUGGAAGAAUUCCGACCACAGAGAGGGGAUUGCUGUCACUUGUGUGUAUGAAAACUGUAAAAAAACGUUUAAAUCAUAGAAAGGAUAAUAAAACAUUGACAGUCGUUGCUGAAGUAGGCAGAUUUGUGGAGGGUGUGUGUGUGGGGUUGUGGGUAUGUGGCUGUAGGUGUAGCAGUAGGUGUACCAGGUUUUGUGUGGUAGAUGCGGCGCCAGGAUUUUUCACUAAGAUGGGCUGAGCUCACCUGAGCCCACCUAAGGUACCACAAUUCUUUGCAAUUCUUAAAAGUCUGGGUGGGCUGAGGCAAUUUCUAGGUGAGCUUAGUCCACCUCAGCCCACCUGUGGUGCUGCCAUUACGGUGUGGAUGUGUUGGUGUGCCUAUAUUAGGCAUGAACCGAACCCAGGAACAGACUGAGAUUCCUGGGUUCGAUCGUUCAUGACGGUGCAAUUAAUACUGAGUUUUGGCUUCAUCUAAAUCUUUCCUUCAAUCCCGCACAGUUCCCUCGACUGUAGCGAAGAUCUUACGAAAUAAAAUCAUUUUAGUUUCUGCUACUUCAGCGUGGACCCUCAACUUCACUUUUUGGCGCCAAAUAAUUUGGGCAUUGGGGUGUGGGUGGGGUGUACUUGUCGCACUUCUGUUAACCCACACAAACACCCUCACGAAAGAAAACGACUUUAUUUCGUGAGAUCUUCGGUACAGUUGAGGGAACUGUGCGGGGUUGAAGGAAAGAUUUGGAUGGAGCCAAAACUCAGUAUUGAUUGCACCGCAAUGAACGACCGAACCCGGGAAGUUCGGGCUCGGUGCACGGCUAGCCGGUGUGUGUGAGUGUGGAUGUAGGUGUUCGUGUUAAUCUAUUCACUAUACCCAUAUCCAUCUCAAUCCAAAUAAUUUUUUAUCCCGUAUUUUUUGUGAAACACGAUAUGAAAGGAGUGUUGAAGUGUUUGGGGUAGAAAUUUCGCACCCAUCCGCCCCCCCCUCCCACAGGCAGUUACCGAGAGGGAGUGCACCCAUCACAGAUCGUUACCGACAGGUGAUUUCCCAACA